AAGGUGGUGAGCUCCGGGCGGAUGUCUACCGGGGAUUGGAAGCGGCCUGCGCAGGCUGGGGACACCUGCGGCCAUGGCGGGGCGCCUGGAGUGGGAGAGUAUAUACAGGAAGUCUGAUGACAAGAUGAGACACUGCAGCCCUGUCAGUGUCUGCACCCCCAAGUCUCCUGACUCAAAGUCCAGGCUGCUGCCCCAACUUUGUGCCACUCAGAGGAGGGCCACCCACCAGCCCCACCCCGCCCUGCCUGGGCAGGCGCCGUCCGCCUACAGAGCCCUGACGGUGGGGAGAGGCCCUACGGAAAAGACCUCAAACAUACCCGUCCUGAGCGCAGCCUCCAGACGCCAGGGGGCGCGCUCUCCUCCCAGGCCGCGGCCCCGCCCCCGGAGCCGUUGGGGUUUGAAUCUCCAGCGGGCUGAGGCCGGAAGUGUUGACCCUCAAGCCGGCAUGGAGAGCCUAGGUCCCGAUGCCCGGUGCCCGGUGCAAGAGCAGCGUGCUCGUUGGGAGCGGAAACGCGCCUGCGCCGCCUGGGAGCUGCUGGAGACUGAGAGGCGCUACCAUGAACAGCUGGGGCUGGUGGCCACGUACUUCGUGGGGAUUCUGAGAGCCAAGGGCACCGUGCGACCACCAGAGCGCCAGGCCCUAUUUGGGCCCUGGGAACUCAUUUACGGCGCUAGUCAACAGCUGCUUCCCUACCUCGAAGGAGGGCGCUGGGGACAGGGUCUGGAGGGCUUCUGCCCCCACCUGAAGCUCUAUACCCAAUAUGCUGCCAACGCUGAGAGGUCUCGGACCACCCUGCAGGAGCAACUAAAGAACAAACGGUUCCGGAAGUUUGUGCAACUUCAGGAAGGCCGCCCUGAGUUUGGGGGCCUUCAACUCCAAGACCUCCUCCCUCUGCCUCUGCAGAGGCUCCAGCAGUAUGAGAAUCUUGCUGUUGCUUUGGCUGAAAACACAGGUCCUAAUAGCCCUGACCACGAACAGCUCACAAGGGCUGCCCGGCUGAUAAGUGAGACUGCUCAGAGAGUCCACACCAUUAGUCAGAAACAGAAGAAUAACCAGCACCUCCAGCGUGUCCAGGCUCUGCUCAGUGGACGGCAGGCAAAGAGGCUUAUCUCAGGUCGCUGGUUCCUACGCCAGGGCUGGCUGUUGGUGGUGCCUCCCCGGGGGGAGCCUCGGCCUCGAAUGUUCUUCCUCUUCUCUGAUGCACUCCUCAUGGCCAAGCCUCGACCCCCAUUGCACCUGCUGCAGAGUGGCACCUUUGCCUGCCAGGCUCUCUACCCUAUGGCCGAGUGUCAACUCCACAGGGUCUUUGGCCACUCAGGAGGCCCUUGUGGUGGACUGCUCAGUCUGUCCUUUCCACAUGAGAAGCUACUGCUUAUGUCCACAGACCAGGAGGAGCUGUUGGGCUGGUACCACAGUCUGACUCUGGCCAUCAGCAACCAGAAGAACUAGAGGAAUCUGACAAAUUCCAGAGUCCAGGAUGCCUCAGGGAUUAGGUCAGCGUCUGGAAUACAAAGAAUCUUCUCCAGUACUAACACAGACUCUUCAUGGUCAUUUUGUGUCUGCCUGGGACCAAGACAGCCAGGUCACUUGAUCAGCUCUUAAGAAUCAGGACACCAAGUCUGACCCAACUGAACCUCUGCUGAACCAGUCCCUCCAACUCAGAGGAGGGGAUUUGGGACUGAGACCCUCGGUGCUGUGUCUGUGGACAGCCAUUUAUCACGGUUGCAGCUGUGCAACUGUGGCUAUUUUUAUGUUGUAUGUAGUUUCUAUAAUUUAUUUUCCCACUGGAUUUUAGUAAAGUCUUUUCCUUUUGGAGAA